AUGCCUCGACAAAGAAAGCAACGAGGAGCUGGCUCUAGUGCUUUGCCAUUCAAAGAAAUAACGGCCAAACUCGCUAACGAGGAACUUAUCAAGAGAUUAAAAGAUUGUUUGAAUUAUCUUGAAGAUAUUGAUGAAGUGGUGGACGGGACGAACGAUGAAUUGAUCACUCUCUCGCUGGACCUCCUUUCUCCCUCAAUCCUCAAUAAAACUGAUGAAACCCGUUCACUCGUGGCUCUAGUACUUGCUAAUCUCUACAGACUGUUCUUACUUGAUAUUCCACACAACGAGAAGCAAAAGAAAAUAUUAUCAGUACUGUCGUUAUUCAACAUGUGCUUGAAGUUUGACGAUCAGGACAUCCUCGUUGAGCUAUUCAAGAAAAUACAAGAAAUAAUCAGAUACAUUCCUGACCAGGCACAUCAGGUGGAGCAGUUUCUGUUGAAAAUUAUGUUCUCCGUCUUACAAGAGGCGAGUCACUUAUCAGAUCAACUGCUGGAUACAGUAUUACUGCCUUUAAUAGAACCACAUAAAUCAGUUGAUGUUGAGGUGAGGUCAAAGGUCACUCAGUUAUUGGGUCCCAUGUUCUCUGCCCCUGGGUCUAAACUAUCGACUGAGAACAGUCAACUCUUUCACUCCUACCUGGGAAGGUGUCAGGAUUUCAGUCCCAGCAUACGUUUGGAGGUUGUUAAAGAGUGUAAGUCACUGCUGCUAAACCAUCCACAUUUGAGGGAUGAGCUCACAGAGAAACUGUUGCCAAGAGUGGUGGAUCAGGAUGAGAAGGUUCGAAUGGAAGUCGUCAAGUCGAUUUUGGACGCAGCAACUGAAGAUCUAACUUGCAUUGAUGAAAGGUUGCUUGACUCGUUGCAGCACAGAAUGAGAGAUAAAAAGUGGCCGGUUAGAAAAUAUACGAUGAUGUCACUAGUUAAAUUAUACAAAAACAAUUUGAGUUGUAUUAUACCAGCUGGUGCCGAGAUUAAUGAGAAGAUUGAUAGACUCCUCCACAUUUAUUAUACUAAUGACGAAUCAGCUAAUAG